AAGUAUCCUAUAUCUGUGGUGGAAAAUAAAUAUAUAUUAUAAUAAGUUGUGGUCUAAGUAACCAAUACCAAAGGCGGGAUAAAACGAAUUAAAUAAAAGCUAUUAUUAUUAUUAGUUUUAAAUAUUAAUUUCCUUUAUUAAAUCUGAUAAAAUGUGUAAUAAACACAAAUCCUAUGACCAGUAAUUCUCUCAAUUUAGUGUGAAGAUCUGUUCAGCACACCUACAAAUUAUAGGUAUUACUUAAAGAUUUACGAAAAUCGCUAAAAUUUGAAAAAAAAUAGGUAAAAGUCGUUGGAAAAUUAUUUAUGACUAAACAUGACUUUUUUAAAAAAAGUGUACACACUUGUAUUUCUAAGAAAAGAUAACAAAAUAUUGCUGGGUCUGAAGAAACGAGGUUUUGGUGUAAACAAAUGGAAUGGAUUUGGCGGGAAAGUCGAGCCUAAUGAGACUAUUCUUGAAGCAGCAGCACGGGAAUUAAAAGAAGAAUCUUGUGUUGAUGUUAAAGCUAGUGAAUUGCAAAAUAUAGCUCAUUUAGAGUUUACAUUCGAAGGUGAUCCCACUAUGAUGGAUGUAAGAGUAUUUUCUGCUAAUGUUUUCCAAGGUGAACCUAAAGAAACAGAAGAAAUGAUACCUAAAUGGUUCGAACUUGAUGCAAUACCAUAUAAUGACAUGUGGCCUGAUGAUAAUAUUUGGUUCCCACUUAUGUUGAGUGGUAAAUUAUUUUAUGGAAUAUUUAAUUUUAAAGGAUUCAAUACAAUAUUAAACUACAACAUUCAAGAGUUAGAAUCAAUGGAAGCUUUCUACAAAAUACAUAAGUAAAUGGAAUGGCUUUUAUUCUAACUUGUGUGUGUGAUAAUUAUGUGAUUAAAAUAAAUUGUGAUAAACAAGUGUUAUAUUACUCCUCUAGGCUUUUGUAUUAUUGAGCUUUUUCUAUAAUUAAACAGUCUUAAAAUAG